CGAAAUAUUAGCAGCUUCUUUCUACCUCACCACCACCAUCGUGAUUUGCCUCGCAUUCCUCGCUCAAGAUGAUAGGUCAUGGCAAGAUAACGCGUAGCCCAGGCAAAAGGCGUUCGAAAGCAAGAGGAAACAAGUGGGUAGAGAUACCGGGCAACGCACGGAAGGUGCAAGCGGCCGAGGCUCGAAUAGCCUCACUUUUGGCUGCAUCUGCUGCGCGCAGAGCAGCAAAACUUAGCGCUUCAAAAUCGAGGGGAAUACAAGACGAAGACGAUGUAAAAGACGAUGGAGACGAACAUGUAGAAGUAGAAGUAGUUGGAAUGGCUGGGAUGGACGAGAACGGAGGGGUGGACAAUGAGAUGGAUUUCGCAGAUUUCGAGGACAACGACGCGUUUAACCCUUCUGCUACAAUACUCGACGACGUGAAACCUUUGAAGGAUCCUACAGAUGCCGGUGAACCACGCCCCAGCGCGGCCUUUCGUGUCACCACGCGCUGGAAGCAGCUUCUUCCGACACUACUAGACUCCCUUGUCCUUUACCGUGACAAGACUAUCGGGAAAUUGGACCCGCUUCCCUUGCAGAUUUCUUCCGGUUGCUCAACGGGAACCUGUGUUCUUAGGGAGGCGACGAUAUGCUGCUACUCUUUCAUCAGUCAUCAAAACCUCACAGUUCCGUACUGUGAAUGUUGGACCUUACCUCAAGUUCUGGUUCAGCAUGGUCUCUUUCCUGCCUCGCCCUCACAACCCCGAACCGCGUUCUCAAUUGACCUUUUGGAUCUAUACCAAAUCCUAUGGCGGUACUCGUGUGAUGCCAUCACCUCGUUCUCUAGCUCUCUUGCUAUGAUGUACAGGUGUCGAGGCUUCACCUUGUGUGACCAAGCGGGCAGUAUGCAACACGAUCCUAUUCGUCGGCCCCUCGGUACGGCCGUACAAUGGUUCGACUGUCUACAAGACAUGUUGGUUCGGAAGAUGAACCAUAUUGUUGAAGAGUGCAAGCUGGAACUGAACAUUGCUUCAAUCAACACCCACACACCGCCUACACCGCGCACACACCUUACCCUGGGAAGCUACUCUGCACCACCACCAUUUCAGGUGCUGUCGUCAGACUUGGGUUGUCCACCCUCCACCACCUCCCCAUCUACAGAACGGAAGCCAUCUUCAGUCGCACCCACUCUAGCUUCGUUACCACCUCAGCAAAACCCACUGGCAACGGGCGCGUGCGCGUCCGUCCUACAGCGCCUGUGUCCAGCCUGCUUCGGUGGAGACAGGUUUGGACUCUCAUUUGAUGAUGGAGGAGAUGUACACGUGGCAUUAGACGGGAACCUACACCACCGCUAGUCUGGUACCGAGGGAGGGGGGUCAUAGGGGAACCCCCCAUUAUCAAAAGAUUUCGAGGUCCGACAAGCUGCCGGAGACGGCUCUUAGGUAAGGUCACGAGGUCCUAGUGUAGAUACUUGCGUUCCAUGACCUUGACAAUCCUAUUCUAUUGAUUACUCUGGAUCCCUC